AUGCGGCCGAUCGCUGUUACGCCCUUGGAGACCGUGCAGAUUCCCAAUUCAUGCGAACGGUGUCCAUGUCCUCUGUCGACUGAAUCGCUGUCCUCUGAUACUGCUGUCUGCGUAUCGCCGCAUGGUCCACUUGCCCAACCAUUGCAGCCGUCGAAGGAGCGCUCGGCCUCGCUCUUUGCUCUCCUUACUUUCAGCUGGCUCGGCGACCUGAUCUACCUGGGUAACCAGCGCCAGCUUGCACCGGGCGACGUGUGGGAUCUAGAUCCGUCCGACAAGACCGAGACGGUUUACAAGAUUUAUGAGAGAGUCAAGCCAAAGUACAGGACCUUGUGGAUCCGCUUGUUCAUGAGCACCUGGAAGACGAUCACGGCCCAAUUCAUGAUCAGCAGCGUCUCUUCCCUCCUGUCGUUUGCAAGCCCUCUCUUUCUCAACGCCAUCCUCAACUGGAUGCAGUGUCCCCAUGCCAACUCGUACACCGCUUGGGGCUAUCUCCUGGGCUUGUUCUCUUGUUCGAUCAUUCAAGCCAUGCUCAACGGACAAAUGUACUUCAACGGACGACGAACCGGCACCCGUUUGCGAGCCAUCCUGAUCCGCGAGAUCUACGAAAAGUCGCUGCGCCGUCCAGCAACCGUCGGCCAGUCCUCGCAGGGCACCGGCGAUGGCAAGAGCGAGCCAGGCCAGCAAGACGCAUCGCUCGGCAAGAUCGUGACGCUCAUGAGCUCCGACACCGAAACCAUCCGAAACAUGGUUUGCUACAUUCACGUGCUCCUCGAGACCCCCUUGCGGCUCCUCUUGUCGAUCGGACUGAUGGUCUAUUUUAUCGGGUACUCUGCCCUUGUCGGCCUCGCCGCCAUCCUGAUAUGUGUCCCAAUCACCUCGUGGCUGGGAAGCUGCAUCAACCGCCAGCAGCGCCGUGCGAUGGAGAAAACCGACAAACGAGUCACCGCCACGAACGAAGCGCUCCAGGGGAUCCGCAUCAUCAAGUAUUUUGCGUGGGAGCCGCACUUUAUCAAGCAGAUCAACGUCGACCGGACCGAAGAGCUCCAAUGCAGGCUUCACGUGCGGCUCUUGCACAUGGCCUUCAGCACCAUCUCUGAGAGCGGCGGCCUCUUUUGCGCCUUUGGAAGCUUCGUGACCUUUGUGUUGACCGGGAAUGUCCUCGACGCCGCCACGGCUUUUACGACCCUCAGCAUCUGUCAGCAGGUGACUUGGGCCCUGUCCCGACUUCCGAACGAGGUUAUGUGGAUUUUGCGCGCAAUGGUCUCGCUCGAGCGCAUCGAAAAGUUCCUCGGCGAGGAGGAGCUCCAGAAGUUUGCCGAGAAGGACAUCCCCAGCCGCUCCGAGAUGGACCACCGCUUCAAACCUAACGGAUUCGACCAAGCCACAUACAUCUACUACGGCAGCGGCGACUCGAGCGUCCGUUCGUCCAAGGCAUCGCUGCAGCUAUCCUCUAGCAUCGUCCAGCUCGAGAACCCGGGACAGGAAGAGUCCUCGGCCUUUACCUUGAACAAUCUGAACCUCGACAUUCCGCUGGGCAAGCUCACGGUUGUUUGCGGCCCGACCGGAGCUGGCAAGAGCUCGCUCAUCCUGGCGCUCGUUGGAGAAAUGCGCCGUAUCGGCGGCCACUGCUACUUCCCGUCGCGACCCAACCGCUCCUCUGGAUCCAUCGUUGCGGGCGAGGUCGCCUAUGUGGCCCAGACCGCCUGGCUCAUGAACGCCACCAUCCGAGACAACAUCCUCUUUGGCGAAGACUAUGACGAAGACCGCUACCACCGGGUUGUGUUUGCCUCGGCCCUCGUCCGCGACUUCCAGAACCUCGAAGGCGGAGAUCUCACCGAGAUUGGCGAGAAGGGUGUCAAUCUGUCGGGAGGGCAGAAGCAGCGCAUCUCUCUGGCCCGUGCGCUCUACUCGCGUGCUCCCUUCGUCCUGCUGGAUGACCCGCUUUCGGCAGUUGAUGCACCCACCGCCCGCCACCUUCUGCACCACGGAAUCCUCGGCUUCCUCAAGAAUCGCACCUGUGUUUUGGUCUCACACGCCGUCGGCCUGGUUGCCCCACAUGCCAACCACAUUGUGGUCAUGCGCAACGGAGCCAUCGCCUGCCAGGGCACCGCGGCCGAGGUGCUCCGGAGCCCCGAGUCCGAAGGCAUCCUCGACGAUCAGAUUCUGGCUGUCCGGCCAAGCGAGGUCGAGAACGCCACAUCCUUGCAGGUGCCCAACCACGAAGAAAUCAAGAAGUUGCUCAGCGAGGCGAGAGGCAAGACGCUGGUGCAUGAAGAGGCCCGUGUCAAGGGUGCCGUCGAAUGGGCCGUCUAUUCGCGCUUCCUCAAGGCCUGUGGAGGCAUUUUCUUUGCCUUCUGCUUCGUAUUCUUGUUUGUGAUCAUGAUGUCGGCUGGAUUUGCAAACAGCUGGUGGCUCAAGAAAUGGACAGAUGCCAGCUCGGGCAACGGCAACUCGACUAUUUGCCCUGUGGCCAACGCUUCACUCAUCGCAGCUGGAGGUCCACUGGCGCAGCAUUCGACAUUCCCUUCCUUCCGUAUCGUCGCCCCGCCAAUCCACUCACCAUACUACUACGUUACUGUGUAUGCGCUCAUCGGGCUCUCAGUCAUCCUGUCGACAAACCUCCAUACAUUGGUGCAAGUCAUGGGCUCGUACUCGGCCUCCAAGGCUCUGCACGCACAGCUCCUCAAGGCUGUGCUCGGCGCACCGCUUCGCUUCUUUGAGAUUACUCCGCUGGGUCGCAUCUUGAACCGAUUCUCGAAGGACAUGGGUCACGUCGAUGACGAAGUGAUGUGGUCGGUUGGGUUCUUCUCGACAUGGCUGUUCCGCGGUGCCUCAGUGCUGAUCAUUGUGGCCUACAUCACGCCUCCGUUCAUACUGCUGAUCGUGCCGGUUGCACUGAUCUAUAUGUAUGUCGCCAAGCUGUACCUGACCUGCUCCCGCGAGCUCAAGCGCCUCGAGAGCGUUUCGCGCAGCCCCAUAUACUCUCAGUUCUCGGAGACGAUUGCCGGAACAUCCACCAUCCGCGCUUACGGAGCCGAGUCUCGGCUCCUUCUCGAGAGCUCCGAGCGCGUCGACGAGAAUCAUCGCUCCUUCUUCUACAUGUGGGCAGCCAACCGCUGGCUCUGCAUGCGAACGGAUAUCAUAGCAGCCCUGGUCGUGUUCUGCGCUGGCGCUGCCGUCGUCAGCGGCCAAGUCAGUGCCGGAUGGGCUGGCGUCAGUCUGACAUAUGCCAUGUCGUUCACGGAUGCCCUUCUGUGGUUGGUCCGCUCCCACGCCGACAUGGAGAUGAACCUGACCAGCGUCGAGCGAAUCGACGAGUACGUGAACAUUCAGCCCGAGGCAGAUGAGUCUGCAGUGACUGUCAAGGCUCCUGUCGGGUGGCCAUCGGCCGGCCGGAUCGAUGUCAGCCACCUGUUCAUGCGAUAUGCCGCCGACCAGCCCAACGUCCUGAAGGACAUGUCGUUCUCGGUCAAGGCCGGCGAGCGCAUUGGUGUCGUUGGCCGCACCGGCGCUGGCAAGUCGACACUCUCGCUCGCCUUCUUCCGCAUCCUGCCCAUCCACCAGGGCCGCAUCAUCAUCGACGACAUCGACAUCAGCCAGAUCAGCCUGCAUGACCUGCGCUCAAACAUCACAAUAAUACCGCAGGACCCCGUGCUGUUUUCGGGCACGAUCCGGUCGAACUUGGACGCUCUCGGCGAGCACGACGACGCCGAUCUGUGGCAAGUGCUCAAGCGAGUGCAUUUCCUGGAUACGCUGCAAGAGUUCAAGAAAAGGUCCCCGCGCACGUCGUUCGGGACUGUCGUCGUCGAGGACGCCAUGGACACCAUCUCGCCCAUGGGUGGGUCCGCAGUCCUGUCCCAGGAGAGCGAGACCAAGUCGUUCACCCUUGAGUCGCCCGUCGGCGAAAACGGCCAGAACUACUCGCACGGCCAGAGGCAGCUGCUGUGUCUGGCACGGGCACUGCUCAGAAACUCAAAGAUCAUCUUCCUGGACGAGGCCACUGCCAGCGUCGACAACGAUACGGACGCUCGCAUCCAAGUCACGAUCCGAGAGGAGCUCGCCGGAGCAACGGUCCUCUGCAUCGCCCACCGGCUGAGAACGAUCGUCGAUUACGACCGGGUUAUGGUCCUGGACAAGGGCACGAUCGUCGAAUACGACACCCCGCUCAACCUGAUGCAGCGAAAGGACGGCGCCUUCCACAGGAUGUGUCAGGACUCGAACGAAUUCGAGGAGCUCGAGCAGAUUGCAACGGCAGCUUCCCGAUCGAGAAGCCGGAAGUAG